GAGGGCCGAGAGGGAAACUUUGCUUCUUGUUGUAAUCCGCCUGUCUCUGGGCGGCCGCAGCUGUCAUGGGACCGGGUGGGCGGGGAGAGGCUUGCAAGCUGACUCCCAGCCGGGGAGACGCGACUCGGAGGGGACGCAGCGGCGGAGAGGUCCACCGAGAGGCUCAGCUCCGGGCAGACUCCGGGAGGCGGCUCCGGGCCGGGCUGGCGGCCGGGAUGGCGCGGCGUGGCCGGGUGUCGCCCCGAGGGAGCCCGCCGCCCGCCCGAGGAGGCCGCCCGGUCCCCUGCAGACGCCCAAGCGCCGGGGAGCCGCGGGGCCUCGUGGAUGUGGGGUCCGAGGAGGAGCAACUCUGCGCUGACUUUCCCGAGCUUGACCUCUCCCAGCUGGAUGUCAGUGACUUCGACUCGGCCACCUGCUUCGGGGAGCUGCAGUGGUGCCCUGAGAGCUCGGACACUGAGCCCAGCCAGUACAGCCCCGAGGACCAGGAGCUUUUCCAGAUAAUCGACAGCGAGAACGAGGCCCUCCUGGCGGCGCUCACCAAGACCCUGGAUGACAUCCCCGAAGAUGAUGUGGGUCUGGCUGCCUUCCCGGCCCUGGACGGUGAAGACACACCAUCCUGCGCUUCAGUGUCACCUGCCCCCUCCUCUGCGCCCCCCAGCCCCUCCCUGGAGAGCCCCCCGGCCAGGACCCCAGAGGUGGAUGAGCUCUCCCUGCUGCAGAAGCUCCUGCUUGCCACAUCCUCCCCAGCGUCUGGCUCCGAUUCCCAGAAGGAAGGGGCCGCCUGGCGCCGGACCAGCCUCAGGUCCAAAAGUCAGCGGCCUUGUGUCAAGGUGGACAGCGCCCAGGAGAAGAAGGCCCCCACAACGCAGCCUCAGAGCCGGAGCUGUUCGGAACUGCAUAAGCACCUCACCUCGGGGCCAUCCUGCCCCCAGGCGAAAGCCCACUCCCCGGAGAGGGGCCUGCAGCCACCAGCCCCCCUGCCUCCCCGGCUCCCCGCCAAGGAGGUUGAGGAGCCGAGCAAGGACCGCCUGAGCCCCCAGCCAGUGCCAGCCUCUCCCUGGGACUCCCCUGCACGGGGCAGGGCUAGCUCCGGCGCCCAGAUUCCCCCGGAGGACAUGCAGGCUGUGCUGCAGCUUAUCCGCUACAUGCACACCUACUGCCUCCCCCCGAGGAAGCUGCCCACGCCGGCCUCAGAGCCAGCCCCUCGGCCCUGCACCAACCCCCCCAAGCAGGCCAGAACCUGGGCCCAGCCCUCGCCCCCCUCCAAAGCCACGUGGGCCAAGUUUUCCAUCCUGAGGGAACUUCUGGCUCAAGAUGUCCUCUGUGAUGUCAGCAAACCCUACCGCCUGGCCACACCCGUCUACGCCUCGCUCAGGCCCCAGCACAGGCCCAGAGACGGCCAGGCCUCCCCCGGCCGCCCGUGUCCCGUGGAGGAGGUGAGGGUGGCAGCUUCACCCAAGAGCAGCGGGCCUGGCCGCAGCCUGCGCCCUCUGCGGCUAGAGGCGAAAGGCCAUGCCAGCCGGGUGGCUAGGCGGCAGCAGCAGGAGGAGGAAGAGGAGGAGGAGGAGGAAGAGGAGGAGGAAGAAAAGGAAGAGGAGGAGGAGGAGGAAGAGUGGGGCUGGAAAAGGCCGGGCAGAGGCUUGCCGUGGACCAAGCUGGGGAGGAAGCCGGAGAGCUCGGUGUGCCCCGUGCGGCGUUCCAGGAGACUGAACCCGGAGCUCGGCCCCUGGCUGACGUUCACCGAUGAGUCGCUGGGCCCCUCGGAGCCCCAAGGGGAAGGAGCCCUGCCCUCGCUGAGCCUGGCUCCCGAGGCCUAUGACACAGAGGGGGAGCAAGGCAGCCCCACGGACGAGGACAGUGGCCAAGACCAGCAGCAGCAACCCCGGGGACCCCAGAUCCCGGCUCUGGAGAGCCCCUGUGAGAGUGGGGGUGGGGACACCGAUGAGGACCCCAGCUGCCCUCGGCUCCCUUCCAGAGACUCUUCCAGGUGCCUCAUGCUGACCUUGUCACAAAGUGACCCUCCUUUUGGCAAGAAGAGUUUUGAGCAGACCUUGACAGUGGAACUCUGUGGCACGGCAGGACUCACCCCACCCACCACCCCUCCCUACAAGCCCCCGGAGGAGGACCCCUUCAAGCCGGACAUCAAGCACAGCCCGGGCCAAGACACAGCUCCCAGCCGCCCCGCCCCGGAGGGCCUCCAGCUCAGGGCUGCCACGGGGGCGGCCCACAAGCCGCCCAAGCAGCACCCGGAGCGGAGCGAGCUCCUGUCCCACCUGCGGCACGCCACCACCCAGCCCGCCUCCCAGGCCGGCCAGAAGCGCCCCUUCUCCUGUUCCUUUGGAGACCACGACUACUGCCAGGUGCUCAAGCCCGAGGGCGCCCUGCAGAGGAAGGUGCUGAGGUCCUGGGAGCCGUCCGGGGUCCGCCGGGAGGACGGGCCCCAGCAAGGUGCCCCGCGGGCGGAGGCGCAGGCCUCUGGCUGGGAGGAACGCAGGAGCCGUGACGCAAGAGCACCCCCCAAGGACAGCCUGCUGCUGAGAGACCACGAGAUCCGCGCCAGCCUCACCAAGCACUUCGGGCUCCUGGAGACGGCCCUGGAGGACGACGACCUGGCCCUGUGCAAGAGCCCCGAGUACGACACCGUGUUUGAGGACAGCAGCAGCAGCAGCGGCGAGAGCAGCUUCCUCCUGGAGGAGGAGGAGGAGGAGGAGGAGGAGGACAAUGAUGAAGACUCAGGGGUCAGCCCCCCUCGCUCUGACUACUGCCCCUACCAGAGCCCCCCGAGCAAGGCGGGCCGGCAGCUCUGUUCCCGCAGCCGCUCCAGCUCCGGCUCCUCAUCCUGCCGCUCCCGGUCACCAGCCAUCCGCAGGACCUUCAGAUGUGAGAGCAGAGGGCCGUGUUCAGAUGGAACGCCAAGCGUCCGGCAUGCCAGGAAGCGGCGGGAAAAGGCUAUUGGCGAAGGCCGAGUGGUGUAUGUUCGAAAUCUCUCCAGCGACAUGAGCUCCCACGAGCUGAAGAGGCGCUUCGAAGUGUUUGGUGAGAUUGUGGAGUGCCAGGUGCUGACGAGAAGCAAGAGAGGCGAGAAGUACGGCUUCAUCACGUACCGGUGUUCGGAGCACGCUGCCCUCUCCCUGCGGAACGGCGCCACCCUGCGGAGGCACAACGAGCCCUCAUUCCGGCUGAGUGGCGGGGGCCUCCGGGGCUUCUGCUGGCCCAGGUACACCGACUACGAUUCCAAUUCCGAGGAGGCCCUCCGCGCGUCUGUGAAAAGCAAGUACGAAGCCAUGGAUUUUGACAGCUUACUGAAGGAGGCCCAGCAGAGCCUGCGUUGAUCACAGCCUUAACCUUCGAGGAAUACCUCAAUACCUCAGACAAGGCCCUUUCAAUAUGUUUACGCUUUCAAAGAAAAUAAGUAUAUGAGAAGGAGAGAGCGAGCGAGCGCAUGAGAGAAUACACAUGAGAGAGAGAGAGAGAGAGAGAGACUUGAAACUGCUGUCCUUUUGAAAAAAAAAUAAUCAAUGUUUACAUUGAACAAAGCUGCUUCUGUCUGUGAGUUUCCAUGGUGUUGACGUUCCACUGCCACAUUAGUGUCCUCGCUUCCGACGGGCUGUCCAGGGUGCGGCUCCCAAGUGCUGGGUCGGUCACCCACCUCCCCCGCCCCCACCCCGACUGACUUCCCUCGUAGACGUGCAGCCGUAUCCGCCAUAGCAUCUCUUGUCCGUAGCGUGUGAUGAUGAAAUUGUUACUUGUGAAUAGAAUCAGGAUUAUUAUAAACUCGUUUUUAAUUGAAGAAAAAAGUAUAUCCUUCAAACAAUGUAUUUAUUGGCUCAGAUGUGCUGUGCCUGGGGUCAUUGUAUCGCUUCCUUGAUUUUUUUAACUAUGCACUGUCCCGAGGUGUUUGCCACUGAGCUGCUCUGCUCCCUUUGUGAGGACGCCCCACGGGUGCUGGGGGGCUGAGGAAGGGCGGCCUGCCGUCCCAAAGAGAGGUUUCGGGGCCUGGCCUGCCAAGCCCUGCCCUGCCCUCAUGUUGCGGGGUUGGGUCCAAUUACAAUCAGAGCCCAGCUCACACGGAGAGUCCCUGCCUGGCCUUGAGUCCUCAGGUGUGCAGAAGGAAGGCAGUUCCCCAAGAGUUGAAAUGACCUGCGCAGUCCCACAGGCAGAGCAAAAACCAGCCCGGGCCUCCUGAUUCCUGGUCCCAUGCUGCCGCCGUAGCCGGGGUACAGAGGCCACGUUCCAGGGCUGCUAAGAGGGGAGGUCAGCUACCUUGGGCAACAAACUAGAAACCUGCAGGCUCAUCAUGGGAGUUAUGGCAGCAGCCGAUUCGGCAGCACCGGGUGAGUCCGAGCUCUGGCGUGCGUUUUGGUCCACGGGUCCUGCGGUGUGCCUGUUCCCGUGGCCGCGCCGCCCGAGCUUCAGGGACACACCCGGAGCGUCCCAGACAGGUGGUCUGGGAGCAGUCAUCUCUCCUGGACCAGUCACCACCCUAUCGUACCCCCUCCAGCUGGCCUGUCCUUGGCCUCAGCUGUCAGGUUGUGUGGGUGGCAUGGGACAGGGAAGCAGGAAGAGGGUUGGGGGCGGAUAAAACCACCUCCUAGCUCCUUUUCAACGUAGAAAACCUGCGAGUUGGGCUUUCCUGUACAUUUUGGGUUCUCGGGUGAUGAUGUCGAAGCCAUGUCAGGGUUGGAUGUUCCUAAGGUGCCUUGGGGGCCGUUCAUGAGGGAGCGCAUGGCCGGGCAGGAGCUGAGCGUGUGACUUUUGCUGCAGAAAGAGCAGCUCCCGCUGGGCCUCAUCCAGACACCAGUGUCCUGUGGUAAAUUUUCACAUUGAAAAAGAA